AUGAACUCGCAAACUACGGUGAAUAAAUACUCUGGUGCCCCAAGCAAGGGUCAAAUUUUCGAAUAUGCCAAGACAAUCCUCGACUUGCUCACGCGCCCACCUCGCUCUGAUGGCAAGAUCCUCAUCAUCGGUGGUAUUACAAACUUCGCCAAUGUACUCCUCAAAACGUGUCCGGUUCGGUCUGUAUUCAGAUUCAACAAGCAUUUGCCCCAACCAGGCUUGAACUGGACAUUUGUAACUUUAUGUGAUGUUUGACGCCACUUUACAUAUACAGGCUUUUCAAAUCUAAGAUACGAUGGGCUCGUGCAUAUCUAUUUGGCUGCAUCUAUGCUCAUGUGUAAGCUCAGCCCUCAGGUACCGA